CAGCAGAGAAGACCCAACCUGAACAAACAGGGAUCUGAAAUACUACACUGGACACACCUCAGCUACAAGAAUGCUUUGUGUAUAUAUUUUCCUGGUGCUGGCUCUGAGCAGAGUGGGACUGAGUUCUCUGCAGGAUAAGCAGACUGAUUUUGGGCUGAAGGUCUUCUACCAGUUGGCCCAGGGGUCUACAGACAAGAAUGUGGUCUUGUCCCCAUAUGGUGUGGCCUCUGUUCUGGCCAUGGCUCAGCUUGGUGCAAAUGGAAACACCAGCAAGGCCUUAACUACAGCUAUGGGGUUUUCUCUGCGAGAGCGAGGGAUGCUUCGGCAGCAGUGGCUUCUGCAGCAGGGCCUGUCCACUGAGGAAGGGGUAGAAAUAGCCAACGGGGUGAUGGUGGAGAGGAAGAUGAAUCUGGAGAAGAGAUAUCACCGGACCUUGGCCAAGGCCUUCAAGACCCACCCUCACCAGGUGGACUUCACGAAGCCAGACCAAGCCAUCAGCAUUAUCAAUGCAUGGGUCUCAGAUCACACUGCAGGUCUUAUCCCUGAAUUCUUGCAGUCAGGAUCUCUGACUGAUCAGACCCGCCUCGUCCUCCUUAAUGCGCUUCACUUCCAGGGGCGCUGGAAAAUUCCCUUUGACCCAAAACUGACACAGGAGAGGAUGUUCCACUGUGCUAAUGGCAGCACUGUGCCAGUCCACAUGAUGACAAUCACCAACCGCUUCAACUACGGAGAGUUUGUAACCGCUGAUGGAGUGGAUUACGAUGUGAUUGAGGUCCCAUAUGAGGGCGACUUACUGAGCAUGCUCUUGGUGUCUCCCUUUGAGCCUGAAGUUCCUCUGAGCAUGCUCAGUGCAGAUCUGAGCAGCCAGAAGAUCCGACAGUGGAGGACAGAGCUGAGGAAUGUCAGGAGGCAGCUGGCCUUGCCUAGGUUUACUCUGGACUCCGAGGUGAAUCUGAAGACUGCACUAGUUAACAUGGGACUAGGAGACAUCUUCAACCCAGCUACUGCAGACUUCACACGCAUCACCUUGGAUCAAAGGCUGUGUGUUUCAAAGGUCCUGCAAAAACUGAAAAUUGAGGUGAAUGAAGAGGGAACCAAAGGAGCAGCAUCAACAGCUGCUGUCAUGUUUUCUCGUAUGGCAGUAGAGGAGAUCACUCUAGACCGACCUUUCCUUUUCCUUAUCCAGCACAAACUCACAGGUGCUGUUCUUUUCAUGGGUCAGUUCAACCAGCCUCAACAGUAACCCACUCGGAAAACCUUUCAUUCCCCUGCGUGAGACUACUAAAAUUCCACAUAAUGACCAUACAGUGGAUGGCAUAUCUGACAUAUACUACUUAAGUCAGAUGACAUAUUUGAAACUGCAAACUAAAUCACUGGAAGGUUUAUUUACAACAUUAUUGAAAAAGAUUUUGGUAAAAAAUAUAUAAAUAUAUUUCUUUAUAGAUUAUUUAUUUCUCUGAAUGUUUCUGGCUGAUAAAACAUAUUGUGAUAUAAAGGAAAGUGAACAUAUGAGGUAUUUCACCUGUUUCUGAUACAAAAGAUAUUGAUUUAAUUGAAAGGGAGGGACGCUGAUGCAUUAGUAUUUAGAAAUAGUUUUAUUUUAAUAUUAUUAUUGUUAAAAAAUAUAUUUCAUAUUUUUUGUUUGUUCUGUUCUUACAU